CACGACAUGUUUGCGUGUAGCGAAAGGAGAUGUUUGCGUGUCGUGAAAGGAGACGUUUGCGUGUUGCAGAGCCGCUGAGCGGCCGGCAGUCCGCCCUGCGGCCGCACAUCCACAAGCAGCCGGAGAAGACCACGCGUGUGCGGACGGUGCUGAACGAGAAGCAGCUGCACACGCUGCGCACGUGCUACAACGCCAACCCGCGGCCCGACGCGCUGAUGAAGGAGCAGCUGGUGGAGAUGACGGGACUCAGUCCGCGCGUCAUCAGGGUCUGGUUCCAGAACAAAAGGUGCAAAGACAAGAAGAGGAGCAUACUCAUGAAGCAACUGCAGCAGCAGCAGCCCAACGACAAGACGAACAUCCAAGGUCUGACGGGAACGCCGAUGGUGGCGGCGAGUCCCGAGCGCCACGACGGCCUGCAGGUGAACCCGGUGGAGGUCCAGAGCUACCAGCCGCCGUGGAAAGUUCUCAGCGACUUUGCUCUGCAGAGCGACAUCGAUCAGCCGCCCUUCCAACAGCUGGUGACAUUUUCGGAGGGCGGGCCGGGUUCCAACUCGACGGGCAGCGAGGUGGCGUCCAUGUCGUCCCAGCUGCCCGACACGCCCAACAGUAUGGCGUCCAGCCCCGUGGAGGCCUGAGCGGGCGGCCGCUGCCUUGCUGGAGGGCGGCGGCGUCGCCGUGAAGACAAUCAUGGAUUUGUACCGACCAGCCCAGACUUUGGACGCUGGGCUUUCUUUGCCAAAACGGAAGGGGGGAAAAAAAGAGGACGUGGGCCGGAGCUUUUCUUCUGGUGACUCCAUCAAGCAUUUGCAACGAUGAUACCUCUCUGGUGGCGCUCCGAGGGACCGCUCCCGUGAGUGGUCUUGGAUUAUUCAGUAGACUUAGGGACCGUCCACAAAGUCACGUGUCUUCUUCUCAUGACAACUUGAAGACUUCACCUUCUUUGAAAAAAGACAAAAAAAGACUAUCACUGUGACUUUUAUUUAUCUAUUUAUUUCUAAUUUAUUUCCUCCAUAUUUAUUGAUGGGAAGGCGGAGGAUGGGAGAGAGAGAGAGAGAGAGAGAGAGAAAAAAAAGAAGUGCCACCACUUUUCUGCGUGAUGUUUUUUAAUUGGAUGAUGAUCUUGUAAAAACUUGACUUUCACCUGCAAACAUUCAAUAAAAGUCAUUCAUGAAGACUUUUUUUUUUAAACUGCACUUCUU